GGGAAAGAGGCUCCUUUUCAGCACUUUGAUCCUUCAAUUCUUUUCCCCAAAUCUCGGGACUACUGGACCUACCAUGGUUCGUUCACUACACCCCCCUGUGAGGAGUGCAUCACUUGGAUUCUCUUGAGGGAGCCGAUUGAAGUCAGCUCAGACCAGAUGGCGAAGCUCCGUAGCCUUUCCAAGAAUGGUGAGAACGAACCUGUGAACCCACUGGUUGAUAACUGGCGCCCACUUCAGCCUCUGAAGGGCAGGGUAGUGAGAGCCUCCUUCAAGUGA